CUUCUGACUUCUAGCCAUUCUCUUUGCGCAAAACAGAUUACAGUAUUAUUCUAGUAGGCUGUACGCUGUAGCUCUCGUUAUUUCGUUAGAGUAAAAAUAAAAUGUUCUGUGGCUUUACAGUUUACUUGAUCAAAGAAAUGAAACUAGAUUAUAGAAAUUAUAAAUAAAAAUACUGGAUAUAGUUUUGUUAAAAGUAAACUUUGUGUUUGUGGUGUAAUUUGCCGUGUAAUUGUAUUUAUUUGUUAAGUGUACUUAUAAUAUGCUUAUUUAUAUAUUCGAGUAAUAAUUAACCUGUCUCAAAUAAUAUAAGUUUUAGCAAUGAUAUCUGAUCAAAACAAAGAAUCUAUCAUAAAGAGACGAAUUAAUUUUUUACCUUACAACCAUGAUAGCAUUUGCCAAAGUGCUUUAAUCAUUAGUAAAUAGUAUAGGAGAUAGAAGUCUAUAAAACAAUCAUGAAAAAAGAACGUACUGGUGAUAACUGUCGGCCUUUCAAAUUAGCUCAUCAAAUUCUAAGUCUGACAGGAAUUAGUUUUGAGAGAAGAAGUGUUAUUGGUUUUGUGGAACUCACGAUUGUUCCUUUGAAAGACAACCUGAGGUACAUUCGCCUAAAUGCCAAGCAAUGCCGGAUUUAUAGAGUAUGUUUGAAUGAUCAAUAUGAAGCUAACUUCCACUACUUUGAUCCAUUCUUGGAUAUAUGUCAGAAUGACCCAAAUACGCGAUCUCUUGAAGUAUUCUCUCAAUACCACUUAUCAGCAGCACAAAAAAUUGAUCCAGAUCACAACUCUGGAGAACUUCAUAUCCAAGUUCCUGAUGAGGCUGCUCACUUAGUAGGAGAGGGCAGGGGCCUUCGUAUUGGUAUUGAGUUCUCACUGGAAUCCCCUCAAGGUGGAAUGCAUUUUGUUGUGCCAGAAGGAGAAGAAUCUUUGGUUGAAAAAUCAGCUCACAUGUUUACAUAUGGCCACUCCGCCCGCCUCUGGUUUCCUUGUGUGGACAGCUUUGCAGAGCCAUGUACUUGGAAGUUGGAGUUCACUGUAGAUGAAAGCCUCACAGCAGUUUCAUGUGGUGACCUGCUGGAUGUGGUGUUCACUCCAGACCAUCGGAGGAAAACAUUUCACUAUGUUAUAAAUACACCUGCAUGUGCUCCUAACAUUGCAUUGGCCAUAGGACCAUUUGAAACCUAUGUGGACCCAUUUAUGAAUGAAGUAACACACUACUGCUUACCAAAUUUAAUGCAAAUAUUGAAGAAUACAGUGAGGUACUUACAUGAGGCAUUUGAAUUCUAUGAGGAGACACUAUCAACAAGAUACCCUUACACUUGUUAUAAACAGGUUUUUGUUGAUGAGACUGAAGAUGACUCCACAGCAUACACCACAAUGUCAAUACUGAGCACCCACUUACUCCAUUCUAUCGCCAUAAUUGAUCAAACAUAUGUGAGCAGGAAAGCUAUGGCACAGGCUGUGGCUGAACAGUUCUUUGGAUGUUUCAUAACCAUGCAGAACUGGUCAGAUUUGUGGCUUGCUAAAGGAAUACCUGAUUAUUUAUGUGGAUUGUAUUCAAAGAAGUGCUUUGGUAAUAACGAGUACAGGUAUUGGAUUCACCAAGAGUUACAAGAGGUGGUAUCGUACGAGGAACAGUAUGGCGGGAUUGUGUUAGACCCUUGGCAGCCGCCCGCUAGCGGCGCGCGGGUCGAGCCUAAAGAUGUCUUCUAUUUCCCAGUGAGAAACGUACAAACUAUGUCGCCAAGAUAUAUCGAGAUAAUGAGAAAGAAGUCUCACUUGGUGCUCCGGAUGCUGGAACAGAGAAUCGGACAAGAGCUGUUGCUGCAAGUGUUCAACAAACAACUCUCCCUCGCUACUAAUGCUGCUAACACCAAGAUUGGUAGUGGAAUGUGGGGCCACUUGUUGUUGUCCACUAAUUUAUUCGUCAAAGCAAUCUUUACAGUCACUGGGAAAGAGAUGGCGGUGUUUGUUGAUCAGUGGGUUAGAACUGGUGGGCAUGCCAAGUUUCAAUUGACUUCAGUUUUCAAUAGGAAAAGAAACACAGUUGAGCUGGAAAUUCGUCAAGACAGUGUCCAUGAGCGCGGUAUCCGCAAGUACGUGGGUCCAUUGUUGGUACAGCUGCAAGAGCUUGAUGGCACAUUUAAACACACGCUGCAAAUAGAGAAUACUGUGGUGAAAGCUGACAUCACGUGCCACAGCAAGAGCAGAAGAAAUAAAAAGAAGAAGAUUCCCUUGUGCACGGGCGAAGAGGUUGAUAUGGACCUGUCUGCUAUGGACGAUUCGCCAGUAUUAUGGAUCCGGCUCGACCCGGAGAUGUCCCUGCUGCGCAGCACCGUGAUCUCCCAGCCGGACUACCAGUGGCAGUACCAGCUGCGACAUGAACGUGAUAUCACCGCACAGAGCGAGGCCAUCGACGCCCUGCACAACUACCCGGAGCCGGCCACGAGGCUGGCUCUCACCGACACCAUCGAGAACGAGCAUGCCUAUUAUAAGAUAAGGUGCAGGGCUGCGCAUUGUUUGACUAAGGUGGCAAAUGCAAUGAUAAGUUCGUGGGCGGGCCCCCCCGCCAUGUUGACUAUCUUCAGGAAGAUGUUCGGGUCGUUCUCGGCGCCGCACAUAAUCAAGCAGAACAACUUCGACAACUUGCAGCAUUACUUUUUGCAGAAGACCAUACCUGUUGCAAUGGCCGGACUACGAAACAUCCACGGCAUCUGUCCGCCAGAGGUCGUGAGAUUCCUGUUAGAUCUAUUCAAAUACAAUGAUAACUCUAAGAACCACUUCUCGGACAACUACUACAGGGCAGCCCUAGUAGAUGCACUGGCCGCCACCAUUACGCCUGUUAUUUCCGUUUUACAACCGGGUGCACCAAUAACAGCCGACUCGCUGUCAGCGGACACUAAACUAGUGCUGGAGGAGAUUACCCGUGUGCUCAACCUGGAGAAGGUGCUGCCUUGCUACAAGAACACAGUGACUGUGUCGUGUCUGCGGGCAAUACGAAGGAUGCAGCAAUGUGGUCACUUACCCAGUAUACCGACGAUAUUUAGAGCAUACGCGCAAUAUGGACAAUAUAUAGAUGUCAGGCUAGCUGCAUUCGAGUGUUUAGUGGACUUCGUGCGGGUGGACGGCAAGCCCGAGGACUUUUCGUCGCUGCUGACGGCCGUGGAGAACGACCCUGAGCCCGGCGUGAGACAUGGCCUGGCCCGGCUGAUGGUGACCAUGCCGCCCUUCGAGAGGGCCCAGAGGCACAAGCUGGACACAGAGGCGGUGGUGCACCGUCUUUGGAACAAUAUCAAUAGUCAUUUAUCCAAUGAUGCAAGACUGCGGUGCGAUUUGGUCGAUUUGUACUUCACUCUGUAUGGCUUGAAGCGGCCCAUAUGUGUGCCGCUGCCGGAGAUACAGGCCAUGAUGAAACACAUGCAUAAUAAGGAGAAAGAGAGAGUUGAGAGAGAAAGAGAGAGGCUUGAGAGGGAAAAGGAGAGACAACGGGAGAUGGAGUUGAAGCCGGUCAUCAAGCAGGAGAUUGACGACACGGUGAUAGUGAAACGUGAACCGGAAGCUAUAGACACAACACCAAUAGCCCAGCUGGCCCCAGUCGAUCAGUUGCCUGUACCACUCUCUUCUAUCAAGGAGGAAGAGGACAAGAAUGUUGACAUCAUAAGCGUGCAUGAUAUUCCGAUGGGGGGAUAUAAUGAGGAUUCGAAGCGUGAGUUUAUAUCUGACAACGCGGCGCCUCUACCGGGUAUACCUGGUUCGUGCGGACCGAUUGGGUUCGAACCCGCCAUGUUCCGACGCGAUGCCGACGAUCUUGGCGCGCCGAAGGCAAAGAAGAAAAAGAAGGACAAGAAGAAACACAAACAUAAACACAAGCACAAGCACAACAAGGACAAGAAAGAGCACAAAGAUAAACUGUCCCUCCCCCCCUCCACCACGGACCACUUGAGGAUCAAGGAGGAGACGCGCGAGACACUGAGCUCGUUCAGCUCGAGCCAGAGCCCCUCCGAGGAUAUCUGCAUGAUGCCGACUAAUAUGAGCUUCUAAAUAUUGUGAAUUAUUAAAAACUUAAAUAAUUCUACAAGGAUUUAAAUGAAUGUCUUCUUCCACGUACAACAAAGCUGUGGAAUGGGCUUCCUUGUGUGGUGUUUCCGGGACGAUACGAGAUUACAUGACGGGUACCUUCAAGAAAUCACCCCGUACACCUUCCUUAAGGGCCGGCAACGCUCCUGUAAUUCCUCUGGUGUUGAAAGGGAAUGUGGGCGACGAUGAUCAUUUUACACAAGGUACGCUCGUUUUUCGUACGUCGUUUUUUCCAUAAAAAAAGAAUAACCAAAAUAGGAAGUAGCGACGCCAUCUUGUUAAUUUCAUUUUAACACUAAUAAUAUUUUUAAGAAUACUAAUGUCAAUAUAUUAUUGUUAUUCCGAACAAUUCAAUCUUAUUUGUUAGAAAAAGUCCUAAAAUAUGUAUAAAAUCACAGUUUAGAACUAAUAUUUUUAUAUUAUUUUUGGUUUAUUUUGUAAGUGUAAGAAUACCUAAGGCCAACUUGAAAUUUACUAACGAAUAUUAAAUAAGUACAUUAUUAUGUAAGAUAGGCAUUUAUUGACUACGAAUGUUAAUUUAUAGGUCUCGUUAUUAUUAUUAGUAAUAGGUAUGAAAGAUUUAAGAUAUUAUAAUAAAGAAUUUGAUAUAAA